AUGGUAACUCGGCUUCCUGCCAAUAUAUUCGGUGGAACGCAAGCCCCAUUGUUGGAUUUCUUAUUCCUCAGCGGAAUCAAACUGCCUUCAUGGUCGUCGCAUAUCUUCCACAACCUUACUGCCCUGUUCCUGGACACGCAAGACCGCUCAACAUUCGCCGAACUCUCAAGUGCACUACGCAACAUGCCAGGCCUCCAUACCCUCGUCCUAUCGAACUGUCUUCCACUAGAUACACCACUAGGCGUCGGCCUCGCCCAUCCACAAAAGGCUCGGCUGCUCAACCUCACACGUGUUGACCUUUGCGAGUCUGAGCACGUCUUAGCCUUCCUUCCUUUUCUGAAGGCAGUACAAAUAGUGCCUCUCGAAAUGGAAGUCUCCACAACGUUGGGUUGUCGUAAUGAACUGCCGUUUGACGCCCGGGUGGCGCUCUUGGACGCUUGUAUAGAGGCCCUCACCCCUCAUAUCGUGAAUUCGGGCGGAGCGCGGCUGUAUACUAAAGGGUGUGAUGUGUAUCUGUCGCAGCGCUCUCCUGUUCACUCGCACACAUUCUACAUUUAG